CUCUACUUCUUACCGCUAUGGUGACACGGUAACUGUCCCUCGAUUUCUCCAUUUUUCUCUCUUUUUCUUUUCUUCAAAAACGGGCUAUGAACAACCUCUGGUCUGGUGGCGGUGGUGGACAACUUGGCUCAGUUGAGAUAGAGUCUGAGAAAGGAUCCUCAUAUCCGGUGCCAGUAACUAUGGACGACUCAUGGCGAGAAACGGGAUUUAGUCCGUCGACUUUUCGACAUCCUUUCCAAGUGACAGCUUUCCCAUCUUCUACUCCAACCACAACGCCCGUUAGGACCCAGCCUCCGUCGACGAUGGAUAGUUCUAUACCCCCACAGAGUCAGACCAUCACCACCUCGACCUCACAAUCCCACCAAAACCAACAACACCAACAUCGUCAUCAUCAACGACGCCAAUCACUUUCGUUUUUCCCCCCAUACCCAUCAAGAUCUCUUAAUCCAACGCCGGUAUCCUUCUCCCGUCGAGAAGAUGGGAGUUCCCCCCUCCAAAUCGCGACGGCUCUCAUACCACUACUCUGUUUCAUACCCGUCCCAGUUCUACUCUCCCUGUUGUAUCUCACACUAGGACAUGCGGUCCUCUCGAUCCAUACGGUGCCUGUAACCACUUCUCUGAAAUCGGGUGUGGUUGGAGGGGCGAUACUCGCGUUACCGCUUACAAUCGUGUUCUACCUCGUCUAUUUCCCCACUACAACACUGUCUUCCACCUCACCACCACCCGAACACCCCCCAAGUCGUCUCGACUUUUUCGACGACGAUGAGAGUCGAGGUGGUGUGAACUUCAAUUAUAUCUUUGGAUUAUGCAUUUCAAGCUGUUGUGGAGGGUUGAUAUCGACCAACUGGCGGUCUUUGGGACAGGCGGUGAUCGUGGUGUUUAUGGGAGUAGUGACGGGACCUUUGGGUGUUACGGUUUUGUCGAGCGCGGAUAGGCCGCAGGAGUAUUUGACAGCGGGGCAGGCUGCGAGGGCUGGGGUGGUUGGGGGAGUUAUUUUGGCGCCGGUUAUUGUGGGGUUGAGUGUUGUUGGGGUGGUUUUUUGGAGGAGAGGCUUACGCUUAGGGGAGGAAGAGGCUGCGGCAUAAGGUUUAGGAUUUAGGUGCUGGGGUGCAAUAUUUGGUUUUUGGGUUUUUUAAUUUUUUUUUUCUAUGCCUUAUGUAUUGCUAUUUAUCUAGGAGUUUUAUUUUGUGGUCGUUGUACUUACAUACCUUUUCUUACUCUUCGAGAGGCGAAUAAUAUUCGUGCCGUUGGUUGAAAAAGAGUUUCGUUCUUACAUAGCGUUAUUCUUUUCUGUAUAUUAGAUAUUGGAUGAGAUACGGCCUAAGUAGAUAUCCACGUGGAGUAGCUUAUCACAUAUGUAACCUCA